AUGUCCAAACCCGAGGUGCCGAGCGGCGGCUGCCUCUCCCCCGGAGCCCGGUCUCUGCUGGCUCCCUUCCUGUGUGUCAGCGUCCUGCAACUCGCUCUCAGCAUCGGCUUCAUCUGGUACUGCCAACACCAGCAGGGGCUUCAGAAAGAUGUCAGAGAGACUUCGGAGGAAUUCUUGCACCUACUCAGCCUACUCUCCAGCUUUAACAGAAGUAUUCCCGAGCUGUCAGACAUGCAAAACCAGGAGGGCUCCCGCCCUAGUCUGCUGCCACUGAAACAUCAGAAACAACCUGUUAACAAGGUGGAUCCUGGUGCUGCAGACAAAAAGCAACACAGGGGGUUGGUCCCCAGUCGCACGAGGAAGAAUAUGAGGAAGCAGACACCCUAUGCCCACCUCACCAUGAAGAAAUUGAUCAAAGCUCCUUCUGAUCUUGAGACCAGACUUCUAGGAUUGAAAGGGAAACUCAUCACAUCUUGGGAGGAGAGGGUCGGUGUGGCGCAUCUGAGGGAGUUGCGCUAUAGCAAUGGGGCCUUGGAAAUCAAGCACCAAGGCCUAUAUUACAUUUAUUCCCAGAUUUUAUUCCGUUACCAUGCAGAUUAUCCAAUGAGCACAAGGGAAUAUCAGCUGGUUCAAUACAUCUACAGGAAAAUGGCCAAAUAUCCAAAGCCAACUUUACUCCUGAGAGGUGCCAGCACCUGGUGCUCGGGGAACCACAACUUGUACUCAGUCUAUCAAGGAGGUGUAUUCGACCUGCACAGCGGGGACAAACUCUUUGUAACUGUCUCGAACCUAACUCUGGUAGAUGCUGAUGAGGCAUCCAGUUACCUUGGAGCAUUCAAACUGGAUUAAAUGAAGUAUAGCAUCCGCAUCAUUAAUGUUUUAAAUACUCUGUCUCCACAUCUGAAAAGUGAACAACAACAUAGUCAUAGAGAUGUACAGCACGGAAACAGACCCUUCGGUCCAACCCGUCCAUGCCGACCAGAUAUUCCAACCCAAUCUAGUCCCACCUGCCAGCACCCGGCCCAUAUCCCUCCAAACCCUUCCUAUUCAUAUACCCAUCCAAAUGCCUCUUAAAUGUUGUAAUUGUACCAGCCAAGAAACAAUUUUGUUUAAAAUUGCCUGUUGUGACACAUGUCCAGAGCAGAUGGAGCUUGAACUCGGACCUUCUGACCUAAGUCAGGGACUUAAGGCUCAACAAGUAAAUUCUUACACCAUGAAGUUACUGCUCUGGAUGUGGAGUGUAAAUUAAGGAUACCUAUCGUGUUCAAAUACCCGAAUAAACUAUGUCAGAUCGCCCAUCAGCAGCUGACAAUGGCUGGUUGUUAAUUUUGAUGGAUUCCAGACCUGCAAAUAAUGAAUAGAUCAAUAGGUUUGAGGGUCAAAGCCAAUGUGAAGUUAUUCGGGAGCAUUCAGAAUGAGACACAGACCAUUUGCAAUGGACUCAAUAAGCCCUCCUGUCCUUCUAGGCAGGAAACAAAAUGUGUAAAAUAAAACAGAAAGCGCUGGAAAAACACAGCAGUGCUGGCAGCAUCUGUAGAGAGAAAGCAGAGUUAAUGUUUUUUGAUCCAGUUUGACUUUUCUUGAGCUGGAAAAUGAGAAAUUGUGUGACUACUCCACAGGGGAAAGUGAGGACUGCAGAUGCUGGAGAUCAGAGCUGAAAAUGUGUUGCUGGAAAAGCGCACCAGGUCAGGCAGCAUCAGGAAGAAGGGCUUAUGCCCGAAACAUCGAACCUCCUGUUCCUUGGAUACUGCCUGACCUGCUGCGCUUUUCCUGACUACUCCACAAUCUUGGAUUGAAAUGGGGAGGCACCUUUAACAUGCCACCCCUGUAUAUGUCUUUUAAAAUGAUCAAUGUGUCUGCAAUCUGAAAUAGACCCAAUUCCAACCUCAAUCUAGCCUACAUUAGGUCAUUUCUGAUUCAGGGUUCAACCCUGUCUCAUCUCUUGUGCAUUGAAUAUUCGCAAGCCUGUUCUCCUCCCCCCACCCCUAAUAGGUGGAGCGGGAGAAAAUUCAAAUCGCUGAUACUGUGAUUCUUUGAAAAAGAAAUAUCUUGUCCUAAGAAUACUGAAAGUUGACGAUGACAAUGUUGGAGUCAUGAUAUUGAGUAAUCUGAGCCUAACUGAAGCUGUCAGACAAUCAAGGAAGCCUGCAUUUGGGCUGGUGAUCAACAUCUCCCUCAUUAACUUUUAGGAUUGUGUUUAUUGCUGAUUUAAGGGACUUGUGGAUAAGAGAGACGCAAACAGAAAAUGUCUUGUGUAAAGGAUUAAACAGCCAUCAUAUAUUCCUUUGCCGAAAUUACCUGGUUGUGUGUCAUUAUUAGAUUAGAUUCCCUACAGUGUGGAAACAGGUCCUUCGGCCCAACCAGUCCACACUGACCCUUUGAAGAGUAACCCACCCAGACACAUUUUCCUCUGCCUAAUGCACUUAAUGCCACGGGCAAUUUAGCAUGGCCAAUUCACCUGAGCUGUGCAUCUUUGGACUGUGGGAGGAAACCCACGUAGACACAGGGAGAAUGUGCAAACUCCACACAGUCACCCACCCGAGGCUGCAAUUGAACCUGGGUCCCUGGUGCUGUGAGGCAGCAGUGCUAACCACUGAGCCACCGUGUCGCGUGAUCAAGCCAACCAGGAGUUAUACUGUCAACUGCACAGCUAUCUGUUCAUAAGACCAUUCUCACAGUGUUCCAGGGCGGUUUGCUUCAUUGCUGUCCUUUAAUCUGAUGCAACUGGCAAAGUUGAACCAAAAUGGAUGAAUUCCUGCAAAUUUAGCAUCACAACUCCAAACUGAUGUCAGAAUGAGGCCAUAGGAGUUUCAACAUUACCCUUUAAGAUAGCUGAUGCCUUUUAGGAUUCGGAAUGGGCAGUGAUAGUGUUGCUUGACCCUAGAGGCAUCAUAGUUGACUGAGUACGCAAAGUAAUUCCUGAGCAGUAUCAUAGAGUCAUAGAAAUGUACAGCACGGAAACAGACCCUUCGGCCCAACCUGUCCAUGCCGACUAGAUAUCAUAACCCAACCUAGUCCCACUUGCCAGCACCCGACCCAUAUCCCUCCAAACCCUUCCUAUUCAUAUACCCAUCAAAAUGUCUCUUAAAUGUUGCAAUUGUACCAGCCUCCACCACAUCCUCUGGCAGCUCAUUCCAUACACGUACCACCCUCUGUGUGUGAGGAGACGAUGAGGAGCAGUUCAGGAGAUGGUCCAAACGAAGUUGCCUCUGACACAUGCUCAAUCCAGAAGGAGCACUGGUGUACCAAACACGCCAUGCCCCAAAAAUGAACGAUUAGUUCCCAUUGACAAAAGCUGUAUCAGAAUGCUUGAGUCACCAUUUCAAAGAAUUCAACACCACUCAAGUAUCUUCAAUGAUACUCAUCCUGACCCCAUCUUUCUGAUACUCAUUACCAAUAAGCAAAACUGAUUGACCAGAACUGUCUUUAGAUGCAAUUAGCAGAAUUUCUCUCGAAGAUUUCUCUUCAUAGAAAGUGGUGACACAAGACGUUCAGAAUCUAUUUGUGAGGAGUUCUCUGUCCUUCUCAGUGGUAAAUGAACCUGUAUUAUUGUUGUCAUUACUCUGUAAACCUGUUUGAGACGAUCUGGGUAUGACCUGACCCGAUCUGUUGUAUAUUUAAACUUCUUUUCACAAAAUUCCCUUCAGUGUUUUGAAUUGCAGGAGAACCGAAAGGCCUGUCAUAAACUAUAAUAAACUGUCCUUUUGAAUCUGUUUUAAGUAAA